AUGUACUUACCGUGCCCUCUAUUUCUCCCUUUCUCACAGACCGCUACCCCGACCGGUACCACUCGUCUCGCCACGAAGGCCGCGGCCGCGACUACGGCAGAUACCGUGAAGGCGACCGCGACCGCGAACGGGACAGAGAACGCUAUGAGCAGCGACGACACGGCGAGCGUGAUAGGGACCCGCGCGACAGGGAUCGCGAGAGGGAGCGCUACGCACGUGGUGCACGCGGCGAAUACGAAGAGCCUCAGCGGCGCAUGCGUCACGACGAUGACCGCCGUCACCGCGUCCACGAAGACCACAACGCGGGAGCCCCCGGUGGGUUCCGUGGCGGCCGAGGGCGAGAUGAAGCGGAUGGAGGCGACCGAAGAGGGAGAGGAAAACAUCGCGAUGAGAAGGUCCCCGACUCCUUCUGAUGCGGUGCCCAUAUCACAGAGAAAACGCAAGGCUAGCGGUUGGGACGUGCAUGCGCCCGGCUACGAACAGUACACCGCCAUGCAAGCGAAGCAAACAGGCUUGUUCAACCUCCCUGGUGCCAAUCGCACCCAAAUUCCGCCUAUUCUCGCCAUUCCUGGUCUCCCUCCUCCCUUGCCCGUGCAGAGCUUCGGCAUGGGUAUUGGUGGCAACCCGAACCUGUCCAGGCAGUCACGCAGACUGUACAUUGGCAGCAUAACACCCGACAUCAACGAGCAGAACCUUGCCGAGUUCUUCAACUCCAAGAUGAAGGAGAUGAACAUCGGCACAGGUGCCCCGGGCAACCCGGUGCUUGCUGUGCAGUGCAACUACGAGAAAAACUACGCAUUUGUUGAGUUCCGCAGCGCAGAGGAUGCAACGGCUGCCAUGGCGUUCGACGGAAUCAUCUUCCUUAAUGGGCCGCUGAAGAUUCGUCGCCCCAAGGAUUACGGUGGCCCGGAUGCCAUGGCUCCGAACAUGCACGUACCGGGCGUCGUAUCGACGAAUGUACCGGACUCGAUCAACAAAAUAUUUGUCGGUGGCCUGCCGACCUAUCUCAACGAAGAGCAGGUCAUGGAGCUCUUGAAGAGUUUCGGGGAUUUGAAGGCUUUCAACCUCGUGCGGGAAAAUGGAAAUGGUCCAUCAAAGGGCUUCGCGUUCUUUGAAUACGUCGAUACUGCCGUGACGGACGUAGCGAUCCAGUCUCUGAGUGGCAUGGAGCUGGGCGACAAGUAUCUUGUCGUGCAACGUGCUUCUGUUGGCGCGAAGCCUGGCCAGUCACCGAUCCCGGAGAUGUACGACCAAGUCGAGAUUCCUCGUCCUAUCCUUCCCGCCGGAGACGUUGAGGGCACCGACGCUCGCAUCCUGCUGAUGCUGAACAUGGUCACCCCGGAGGACCUCACCGACGACCAGGAGUACGCCGACAUGUAUGAGGACAUCAAGGAGGAGUGCUCCAAAUACGGUGCAGUCGAGGACCUCCGCAUUCCGCGCCCGGUGAAGCGCGACAAGGCCAAGUGGGGCGAGGGCGGUCCAGACAGCGCGAUGGCGGCUCAACGCAUGGACGAGGCGGCUGGCGUCGGGCGUGUGUAUGUGAGGUUUACGGAGUCCCACAGCGCUGGGCAGGCGUUGAAGGCGCUGGCUGGGAGGAGCUUCGCUGGUCGCAGUAUCAUUGCGACCUUGCUGUCGGAUGAUAGUAACACCACACCUCCUCUCAACCUGAUCUUUGCACCGCAGCCGGAAGCUCCUCCUCCUUUGCCCCAGGAUUGA